AAGGCUAGCCUGGCAGCGAUACAUUAGAAGCCUUCGUGGAGCUGAAUUUACACAGCCUCACGUGCCUUCUUGCUUGCGAGAUAAAUUACAUGUACACACGAUUUUCAAGGUCGGACAGAAUUGGAGAGAUGUGAUUAAGUAUUCAGAAGUGAAAGCUACAAUAUCAGUCUGGACUUUGUUUACAAGGAAUUUGAAGAAGGAAUACUAAAUCUCAAAUUAGACGAAGCCAGACAUUGGUAAAGUACUGCCACAGAUAAGACGAAGCCAGACGAUGCCUUUCGUUGAUGACCUUUUUUGGUGUGCGGACGUCGACGGGAGGAUGGUGGACCUAUCUUGCUUGGACAGUGGACCAAACGUCAUUGUCCAGCGACAGCCGGAAGACCUACAGGACCUAGCCAAUACUAAUCUUCAAAUUCUGGAACCGAGGCUGGAGGAAGAAGAACAAGAGGCGAUCUUGCGUCAGCUUUCUGAGCCAGGAUUAUAUCUAGACCACGUUCUUAGAAACAUCGACAUUAAAGUGGAACCUUUUAGUAAUUCCUGCCAGUAUUCAGGCACCGUGUGCGAAGUAACUCCUUCCAACAAGAAAAGAAAGCGAAGACAAAACGAUGAAGGCAUAUUUGCUCAAUUACAUAGCUCUUUACAUCCAUCUGGAGUUUCAGAAGUGUCUUCCUUAGCAGUGACAAAUUCUACUGAAGAGUUUCAGAUGGCACCUUCUACUCAAUUUGGCUCUUCUUUCGCCCCUGAUACAUCAACCAAUCAGCUUCGUCCAUUGCAAAUAGUAACCAGUCUCUCGACGUCUCAGUCUGACAUCGUAACGAAAAAUUACCAAGAAGGUUCAGGAUGUGACAAUACAAAAAAUGGUAAGUCUUAG